CUUGUUACAACCAUUGUAGUAUUUUGACAGACAGUGCAUGAUAAACCAAAAUAGAAAGAAUUUUCUUAAAAUCUAUUUGAGAAUUUGUUUCAGAAAGAUAUCCAGUGUCAGAAUUAUAGACGGUCAUGUACAGUUUUGAGGGCGAUUUUAGGAGGAAGCCGCAGCAGUCCUUGAGAGGAGCUAGCAAAAAGGAGGAUAAAGACACACUUCUGAAGAAUGCUCAAGAACAGAGGGAGAAAAGAGAGGAGCAACGUUUAAUGCUUGAAAAUGCUAUUAAAAUCCAGAGUUUCUAUCGUGGAUACAGAGUCAGGAAAAAACAGAGAGAAGGGUUACGGCAAGAGUUUGAUGCACAGCAAACAAUGUUUCAGAAAGCGCCACCUACAGUUGAUGCCUUGUACAGUAUGGUAUCUAAGAUCUGCCAUUUUUAUACUGACAGGAAGGAUGGACCUAGACUGGUAUGGUUAAGUCAGCAGCUUGUAAAAUACAAGGAUUCCUAUCUCAAACUGAUGUCUGGUAACUUGAAGGGACCCCAGCAGGUGAAAAUGUUGCUGCUCCUCUGCUUAAGCUAUUUGCAGAGCAUUGCAAACAGUGGACAGCCUAUAGCUAUACCUAUGAGAAUGUUGGAGGUGUUCACUUCACAGACAGUAUACAAGGGAAAUGAUGUAUUGAAAUCAGUAUGGAAAUGCCUUAUUGAUGCUGGAUAUUUUGAGUGUAUGAGGAUGUUAUUAAACAAAAAGGUACCGUCAAGCUUAGGGAGAAGUCAUGUUGCUCCUACCCCAGUUGCUGCCAGUAUAUAUGAGUUGGUUAUGAAUCCCAUCAGUUAUGCUGCCAUCUGUAAAGAUGUCCAGUUUAGUAACCUUGUGUUAACAUCAGUUUGUCGAUCUUUACUGUGCCCAGUAUACACAGAACAAAUAUCACAGUUUCUUCUUCCUGCGAUGGCUUAUGGGAAAUAUCCAUUCCCGUUUGUGGACCUUAUACAGACCCUGAUAACACAGUGUAGAGAAGCUGAGAUGGGUGAAGGGAAGAAUAAAGGGUUUGGAAGAACAUGUUAUAGAAAGAAGUUGAAGAUGGAGAUAACACCAUGGUUACUUGGAGCAUUCCUGACAUUAGGGGAUAAGGUUAUUGAUACAAUGCCAGCCGAGUCAUUCAGCUUGUACAUCCAGGUGUUACAAAGACUGUUACCAACGUUACCUGCAUCACAGAACUUAGAUGAUGAGAAUUCUGAUUCUGAGGAGGAUAUGGAUUUUUCAGAGAGUGGAACAGAUGAAGGACGAUUGUGUGAGCUGAGAGAGGAAUGUUUAGAGGUUAUAGACUCGCAGGCUCAUGUACUCAAGAUGGUGGCUCUAGUAAGUGGGGAACCAGACACACAUGUCAUGUAUGCAGUAUCAGUCAUCUGUCAUUGUCUAAUGAGUCAACACAGAUUUUCCAUACAUAAACGAAGGUUGUUAUACAGUUUAGCAUACAAUCAAAAGUUUGUACGCAGUUUAUGGCAUUGUUGUGUGACGUUGUCAACAGUAACAGCAACAAGGACAGAAACUGCAUUGAUUAUGAUGUUAAGUCGAGGACUGACCAUGUCGGACAAAGAUAUAAGCAAGAUAGUUCCUGUACUGGCAACAUUCUGUUCUAUGUUUAGCCAUUCCUUACAUACACUACAUGAUGCUGACUUCUAUGGGGAUAAUACAGGGAGCGGUUCAAGUAUGCCAUUCAAUCUGUUGGAGGUUAUACAGAUGGUGAUAGCUUUGAGAGAUGUGUGUCUAGGUAUAAUAGAGUUGGCCCACCCUGAUGCCAAACCUACCAUCAACGAGGAUUACAGACAGGCACUGCGCAGGGUUGGUGUGAAAACCAGGAAUAACAACGAUAAAGAAUUAAAUAAACAGACAUUACAGUGGGGUCACUUGUUUAAGGUAACAGCCAGUUUAGUUAGACAGAUCUAUACACGUGAUGCACGGAGAUCAUUUUGUCCAAAAGAUCUCUGGUUGUCAGAUCGGGUUAAGAUUCACGCGGACGGACCGUCACAGAUUUAUCAGUCCAAUAUAGCCGCUCUUACACAACGACCAUUUAGAACAAUGCAGUCACUGACCAAAAUCAAUGAGGAUGAAGGUGGACCACCCUUGUCAAACCGAGAUGUCAAAAACCUUGUUAUCCUUACAGAACUUCCAUUUGUUGUAUCCUUCCAUGAGAGGGUCAAGAUAUUACAGAAGUUGAUAAGUAAAGACAAAGAAGAGAAUCAAGGCAUGGCCCACCAAUUUUUGUCUGGUCCAAGCAUCAAUGUUAUGAUCCGUAGAAACUACAUCUAUGAAGAUGCCUUUGACAAAUUGUCUCCAGAUAAUGAAGAGAAUCUUAAGUUGAAGAUGCGGGUGCAGUUGGUCAAUGCAGCUGGUAUGGAUGAAGCUGGAAUUGAUGGUGGUGGAAUUUUUAGAGAGUUUCUUAAUGUUUUGUUGAAGACUGGUUUCGAUCCAAACCGAGGGUUUUUCAGUCAGACAACUGACCGUCUGCUGUAUCCUAACCCUCAGGCAGCAGUUCUCACAGAGGAUUUUAGGGAUCACUAUUACUUUCUUGGAAGGAUGCUUGGAAAGGCCAUAUAUGAGAACAUGCUGGUAGAAUUACCUUUUGCCUCAUUCUUCCUGUCAAAGAUACUCAGUCGUCAUAGUGGUGACCUUGACAUUCAUCAUCUGGCCUCACUUGACCCAGAAAUGUACAAAAAUCUUCUCUUCCUCAAACACUAUGAUGGAGAUAUUAAAGAUUUAGGCCUUGAUUUCACUACAGUGAAUAAUGACUUUGGAGAAACAAAGGUGGUAGAACUGAAGAGAGAUGGUCAUAACAUCCCAGUGACAGCUCAGAACAGAAUAGAAUACAUACAUCUUAUGGCUGAUUAUAAACUUAACCAACAGAUAAGAAAGCACUGCACAGCUUUUCGUGAAGGUAUGUCAGAUUUAAUCAAUCUGGAAUGGUUGCGAAUGUUUGACCAGCAAGAGUUACAGGUCCUGAUCUCUGGAGCGGCAGUACCUAUAGACAUUGAGGACCUGAAACAGUAUACACACUAUUCCGGAGGUUAUGACGCUGAACACCCUGUCAUCAAGAUGUUCUGGCAGGCUGUGGAAGAAUUAACUGAUGAACAGAAGAGACAACUUCUUAAGUUUAUAACGAGCUGUUCUCGGCCCCCACUUCUUGGAUUUAAGGAUUUGUACCCGGCUCUUUGUGUUCACUAUGGUGGUAAUGAACCGGACCGGCUGCCAACAGCUAGUACAUGUAUGAACCUUCUCAAACUCCCAGAAUGUAAAGACUAUGCCACUCUUAAACAUAAACUUUUGUACGCAAUAGAAUCAGGUGCAGGAUUUGAACUCAGCUGAUCUGUCUCAUAUAGUUCAAGUUUUAUAAAGUUGUACAGUUGAGGCAUGGCAUACGCAGAACAUGGCUGCUAAAUACAUCUAUUUAGCCUGAAAAUUGAAAUUCAUGAGACAAAAAAGAUGUUUCUUACCCAGAUAUUAAUAUAAUACUUUGUGAUAUUACCUUGCCUCUUUUAGUUGAACUUAUUUCAUCUCAAAUGAAGUUCCUACAAAUUUAGAACUUGAAGCUAAACUGUAUUUAUUUGCAGUGAAGUAUGUAUUACUGAAUACCUAUAAACUGUAAAAUGCUUUCAGACCGAAUGUGAUAUAAUAUACUAUUAUAUGUAAAUCAGUUGUAUCUUUUUCAUCAUUUUCGUGACAGACAUGGUACUCCAGUAUGAUAAAAAUAAAAAAUAUAAAAUGUUUUGUUUCAAAAUUUUUGCUCUACAUUUUUUUGCAUUUUGUGUGACAAUGUUUGUAACUUCUAAAAUGAAUUCUAUGCACUUUACAUUUUUUCACCACUAUUUUAGUAAUAUUAAGCUGAGAUUGUUAGUUUAUAAGAUAUAGCAGCUUUCAAUUAAGAAAUACUGCAAAGAAAAGUCACGUUUUAACAUUAUUAAUACAUGAAAAAUAGGUUAUACGUCUGCAUAUUAAUACAUGAAAAAUAGUUUAUACGUCCGCAGAAUAAAUUCAUGAGGGCAUAGCCUGAGGGAAUUAUUCUGGCGAGGUAUUACCAAUUUUGAGUGUUUUAAUUUAAGUAAAACAUGAUUUUGCUAUACGUUGUUUUGAUUCUUAUAUGAUUUUUAUCUAGCAGUGCUCUUUCUUGGUAGCAACAAAAACAUUGACAUCAUCACUCAUUAACAUGACAUCAUUUUAGCGUAAACGUAACAGAAACAAACAUAUAAGAAUUUCUCAUACUGUUUCUCACUACCUUUUCUGUUGCAUCAAAUAUCAUGUUUUUGUUAUCAAUCAUUACUAUACUGGUUGGGAACCAUUUUCCAGACACAUUUUCAUAUUUCGGCUCCAUUAUUCCCUAAGAAAAUAUUUGUCAUAAAUGAAGCCCACACUGCACAAACUUCAGCUCCUUCCACAUCCGAUGUAAUCAGCAUCGCGUUGUUACGUAAAAUAUGGGUUCCAUGGGGCCUCAAAUGGGGUCACUAAAAUAAGUUAUUUUUCCCCGUCAGGUAAACCAGUAUCCGGACAAAUAUUUUGACGGUGUUUUGUUGUUAAUUUGAUAUCAAAAUAAGUAAUUGAACUAUUUCUACAGAUUUCUUUAUCAUUCAUCUCUACAAAAUUGCACAUGAAACAUAACCCGACAUUCAAUAGCAGCUACGAAAGCAGACCGAGGUUGACUAUAAAAAACUCGAAUUUCGUCUUAUACGAAUUAUUGAUAAUUCCAAUAGAUAUAGAAUAAAAUUUGUGCAAAAAUCGACAGCCCUGCAUCUUACAUAACUUUUAGCGUGAAAUUAAAAGUAGAACAUGUUAUCAACGGACAAUCAUAAUGUAGUUUGAUUAUUUCUUCCCCACUUGAUACCUUGGCAUGUGUGAACUACUGCGCAUGUGCAAUGCUAUCUUCAUGCCCCGUUAAGACAGAAAGUUCUUUUGCAAAUGCAGGUGAGUUAUCAUCAAAAACCCAAACAUUAUACAGCCUUAUAAAAUAGUGGUUUGUUGUAGACAUGAAGAACAAACAUCUAAAUGAUCUAGAUGAAACAAUAACAUGAAUAACAACGAAAUAAAGCGGAUAUUGUAUGUGUCCGGAAACUGGUCCUGUCCGGAAAAUUGUUCCCAACCAGUACAGUAUAUAUAUAUAUAUAAAAAUAUACAAUGGACUUCUUGUUUUAAAACAUUGGUGUAGCAUAACAUCUGGUCAGUAAAAUACAUGAUAGCCACCAGAUUUCACUUUCUUGUUUCAAUAUAUUCAGCAAAAUCAUUCUAAGAGUGGUCAUGAUACAGUAAAAUAUUCUCCACCAGUUCAUAUCAAAUGCAGUAGAAGUUUAUAAAUCUAAUAGGACUAUCUAACCACUUUUUAGCUCACCUGUCACAAAGUGACAAGGUGAGCUUUUGUGAUCGCGCGGCGUCCGUCGUCCGUCGUCCGUGCGUGCGUCCGUAAACUUUUGCUUGUGACCACUCUAGAGGUCACAUUUUUCAUGGGAUCUUUAUGAAAAUUGGUCAGAAUGUUCACCUUGAUGAUAUCUAGGUCAAGUUCGAAACUGGGUCACGUGCCAUCAAAAACUAGGUCAGUAGGUCUAAAAAUAGAAAAACCUUGUGACCUCUCUAGAGGCCAUAUAUUUCACAAGAUCUUCAUGAAAAUUGGUCAGAAUGUUCACCUUGAUGAUAUCUAGGUCAAGUUCGAAACUGGGUCACGUGGGGUCAAAAACUAGGUCAGUAGGUCUAAAAAUAGAAAAACCUUGUGACCUUUCUAGAGGCCAUAUUUUUCAUGAGAUCUUCAUGAAUAUUGGUCAGAAUGUUCACUUUGAUGAUAUCUAGGUCAGGUUCGAAACUGGGUCACGUGGGGUCAAAAACUAGGUCAGUAGGUCUUAAAAUAGAAAAACCUUGUGACCUCUCUAUAGGCCAUAUUUUUCAUGAGAACUUCAUGAAUAUUGGUCAGAAUGUUCACCUUGAUGAUAUCUAGGUCAAGUUUGAAACUGGGUCACGUGGGGUCAAAAACUAGGUCAUUAGGUCUAAAAAUAGAAAAACCUUGUGACCUCUCUAGAGGCCAUAUUUCUCAAUGGAUCUUCAUGAAAAUUGGUCAGAAUGUUCAGCUUGGUGAUAUCUAGGUCAAGUUCGAAACUGGGUCACAUGGGGGUAAAAACUAGGUCAGUAGAUCUAAAAAUAGAAAAACCUUGUGACCUCUCUAGAGGCCAUAUUUUUCAUGAGAUCUUCAUGAAUAUUGGUCAGAAUGUUCACCUUGAUGAUAUCUAGGUCAAGUUCGAUACUGGGUCAUGUGGGAUCAAAAACUAGGUCAGUAGGUCUAAAAAUAGAAAAACCUUGUGACCUCUCUAGAGGCCAUAUUUCUCAAUGGAUCUUCAUGAAAAUUGGUCAGAAUGUUCACCUUGAUGAUAUCUAGGUCAAGUUCGAAACUGGGUCACGUGCGGUCAAAAACUAGGUCAGUAGGUCUAAAAAUAGAAAAACCUUGUGACCUCUCUAGAGGCCAUAUUUUUCAAUGGAUCUUCAUGAAAAUUGGUCAGAAUGUUAACCUUGAUGAUAUCUAGAUCAAGUUCGAAACUGGGUCACGUGGGGUUAAAAACUAGGUCAGUAGAUCUAAAAAUAGAAAAACCUUGUGACCUCUCUAGAGGCCAUAUUUUUCAUGAGAUCUUCAUGAUUAUUGGUCAGAAGGUUCAUCUUGAUGAUAUCUAGGUCAGGUUUGAAACUGGGUAACGUAGGGUCAAAAACUAGGUCAGUAGGUCUAAAAAUAGAAAAACCUUGUGACCUCUCUAGAGGCCAUAUUUCUCUAUGGAUCUUCAUGAAAAUUGGUGAGACUGUUCAGCUUGAUGAUAUCUAGGUCAGGUUCGUAACUGGGUCAUGUGCCGUCAAAAACUAGGUCAGUAGGCCGAAAAAUUGAAAAACCUUGUGACCUCUCUAGAGGCCAUAUUUUUCACGAGAUCUUCAUGAAAAUUGGUGAGAAUGUUCACCUUGAUGAUAUCUAGAUCAAGUUUAAAAGUGGGUCACGUGCCUUCAAAAACUAGGUCAUUAGGUCAAAUAAUAGAAAAACCUUGUGACCUCUCUAGAGGCCAUAUUUUUCAAUGGAUCUUCAUGAAAAUUGGUCAGAAGUUUUUAUCUUGAUGAUAUCUAUGUCACAUGUGCUGAAAAACUAGGUCACUUUGUCAAAUAAUAGAAAUAACGACGUCAUACUCAGUUCAACACUGGGUCAUGUGGGGAUAGGUGAGCGAUUCAGGACCAUCAUGGUCCUCUUGUUGUAAAAUAAACAUUGUGCAAUAAUGACCUUGUGCUUGAACUUGCAAUGGUAAAAUGAUCAAAAUAUCUUUACUUUCUUCUUUUUCUUGAUUUAAUACUAGUGAAAAUAUUGCAUGCAGUGUCCACUCAGUGAAAGACAUUUUCAUCUGACCUGCGCUGAAAGAAACAACCAUCCUCUAUAUGUACAUGUACUAGUAUAUUAUUUUUCAGAUUUUCAUUAUUUUUCAUUUUCAUUAUAUAAUAAGAUUAUUUUAUAAACUCUGAAAUCUUUCAUACAGCACAGAAAAAGAAAGUUGUUCACUUUGGAGAAAAAAGGUCCUCUGAUGAAAUAUCUUGACUGUUUAUGUAGUACAUUGUAACAAGGCUUUGCCGAGUUAUUACAAAAAUUUUACCAGAAAGCUGUUUAUUUCCAUCCUUACCUACAUACAGUAAUAUAUUCAUUUACAAAAUACUAGAGAAAAUAAAAUCAAGCAAAUGAUUUUCUAUUAAGCACGAUUUUAUUUAGUAGUGUAUGAAUUUACAUGUUCAGUCAUAAACUACAUCAGAAGAGUAAUGUUGCACUCUUGCUUUGUGAAAACAUGAAAUCCUGUCCGGCAUGCAAGAGACGAUUUUCUCCGAUAUAGAUAGAAAAGUAUCGUAAUUUCUUUUUGAUAUUUAAUACAAAAGAUAUUGUUUGUUUCACUUGCAGGUCUAAUUUGCAUUUUCUGUGUCAUUUUUCCUUGUAUUUGCAGGUCAAGUAUUGUGCUGUAUGUUCUUAUGACUUUGUACAAAUAACUAUUUGCCAUUAAAUUAUUUCAUUGUUAUAAUAGAUUUUUUUGAAGAAUAAUAAAGAUUUUUACAUCA